CAAAGUGAGGGCGCGAGUCUCUAGAAAUGUUCCCAAGCUUUUUCUUUAAGUCGUUUUAACGGACUAACGUGGGGCAAUAGAUUAAACAUGGACUAGGUCAGCUGUUUCAAAAGCAUCUGUGUGUUGCUGCUGCAAUGACGCAGUCAGUUGUUGUCCAAGUGGGACAGUGUGGUAACCAGGUCGGCUGCAGGUUUUGGGAUCUUGCUCUGCGAGAACAUGCUCAUGUCAAUAAAAAAGGAGUGUACGAUGAGGCCCUCAGUAGUUUUUUCCGAAACGUGGACUCAAGGAAAAAUGAAGGAGCGUCCUGCAGUGUUGGUGGGAGGAUCCAACAUUUGAAGGCCAGGGCGGUGCUGGUGGACAUGGAGGAGGGUGUAGUCAAUGAGAUCUUGCAGGGCCCGCUGAGGGAAGUUUUUGACAGCACUCAGCUCCUCACAGACGUGUCGGGUUCAGGCAACAACUGGGCAGUCGGAUACAUGACUUACGGCUCAGCCUACAGAGAGCAGAUCGUGGAGAAGCUGAGGAAGGCAGCAGAACACUGUGACUGUCUUCAGUGUUUCUUUCUCAUUCACUCUAUGGGAGGAGGCACAGGAUCUGGUCUGGGCACCAGAGUGCUGAGCCUGCUGGAGGAGGAGUUCCCUGAGGUAUGUCGCAUCGUCACCUCCAUCUAUCCGUCUGCAGAGGACGACGUCAUCACGUCUCCUUACAACAGCAUCCUCGCCAUGAGGGAGCUGACGGAGCACGCUGACUGUGUCCUACCUGUAGAAAACCAGUCGUUGGUCGACAUCAUGAACAAGAUUAAGCAAAUGUCUCACAGUGGGAAGCCAGGGUCUGUGAUCAAGACAGACAGCACAGUCAUCUCAGGACAGGGUGGGGUCAGCAGGGCGGAGAAACCCUUCGACACCAUGAACAACAUUGUGGCUAAUCUGCUGCUGAAUAUCACCAGCUCAGCUCGCUUCGAAGGAUCCCUCAACAUGGAUCUGAAUGAGAUUGCCAUGAACCUGGUCCCAUUCCCGCGUCUACACUACCUGGUGCCUAGCCUCACGCCUCUCUACACGCUGGCGGACGUCAACGUUCCCACCAGAAGACUGGACCAGAUGUUCAGCGACGCCUUCAGUAAAGACCACCAGCUAAUCCGAGCCGAUCCGAAGCACAGCCUCUACCUGGCGUGUGCCCUCAUGGUCAGGGGGAACGUGCAGGUGUCUGACCUCCGCAGGAACAUUGAGAGGCUGAAGCCUUCACUGCCCUUUGUCUCAUGGAACCAGGAGGGCUGGAAGACGGGUCUGUGUUCAGUUCCCCCUGUGGGUCACUCCCACUCCCUGUUAGCCCUCGCCAACAACACCUGUGUGAAACCCACCUUCAUCGAGCUGAGGGAGCGCUUUACCAAACUCUACAGGAAGAAGGCUCACUUGCACCACUACCUGCAUGUUGAAGGGAUGGAGCAGAGCUUCUUCUCCGAGGCCGUCGGCUCUCUCAGCUCGCUGAUUGAAGAAUAUAACCAGCUGGAUGCCACUAAAGGAACGUGUUUAAAAAAACAGAGUUGGAUGUAAAACCUGAAUUGCCAUUUUAGGCUCCCUGACUAUAACGAGCACAUCACCCCCUCUAAGGAGACGUUCCUUCCACACACCAGGUCUGGAAUGGCUCAGAUAUCAUUGUGACUUAUGUCGCUGAUUUUAUAACAAAGCUUAAAUUAUAAUAAAACAGGAACCAAGUUUAAAAAAUA